AUGGCUACCAACCUUUCAUUGCUGUUGGGAGCAGCUUUUCUGCUCAGUUCUGUCUUCCUGCUGAUCAAGCGGGGAAGGCGCAACAUCAUCAUACAACGGCUUCGUAGCGGCGGACGAAGGGUAUCGGGCGCAAAGACUCCUCCAAGGUCUUUGUCUCCAGAGAAGAGGGCAGCGUCCAUUUCUCAGAUUGAUCACGCCAGCACUUUCCCACCAUCACGACGCUGCGCUUUGGUUGAUAUCGCAAAGACAGACAAGGUUGAAGAAGUGUCACCAGACUGGCAGAAGAAUGCCUUACCCAUGGAAACAUCAUACCUGGACGCUGACGACUCUACAUAUCUCCCAUGUGGCUUCUCCGUGAAAGAGAUCAAAGCCCUCGGUGAUUUCCCGGACUAUGCUACACUCAGCGGCGUACCUCACCCAGAGCCAUAUCCAGAAUUCGACAUCAAGAAAGCACUGCCGCGACCAUAUAGACCGUUCCGAUGGUCUUACCAUCAAACGAUGUCAAUCACCAAGAUGCAGCCCGACUGGUGGAUCGAGCUCGAAAACACGUAUGAAGAACGCAUCAAGCAACGUCGUGACCUUUUCGAAAAGCAUAGAGAAGCAGUCCUUCAAGCUCUACCAGGGUCAGAGCUCGCCUGCAAAGAACUGAUGGAAAUGGUCCUGCAAUUCGUGUGCGCCAGGUACCCGCAUUACUUCCACUUAUCAGCAGACAACAAGACUUUCCACAACGGCAUCUUGAAGACAGACACCGAUCUCACCACCACGUCACCCUUACACGUCCUUCUCAACAAUAUCCCCGAAGACUUCGCCAUCAUGCUACGAAACGAGAAAACAGGACUAUACGUCUUCCGAGCAGGCAUCAUAUGCAGUGCGCUCGGUUGGAACGUAGGCUCGAAGAUCGGUCUCGAACUCGCCGACAUACAUAAGCCCAUUCCAGACUACAAAGAGAAGAUGCAGUUCUCUAUGGACAGAUACUUCGCCAAAAAGCCGACCGAAAAGCCCAUCCAACGCGGCUCCUGGGGUCUAGAAAUCGACACGCCCCUUUACAUGCCCCCGGGCGACCCCCAUGAAGCCCUCCGCAACCAACAACUUCCAGCCUCUGAACUCUCCACAUCCCGCAUUCACCUCCGCGUAGACUGGCAGACGCUGCGUCGGCUACCGUUGUCAGGCGCCGUCGUAUUCAACUUCAAAGCAUUGUUUACCCCGAUCGAGGAGUUUAGGGAGGAGAAAUGUGUACCAGGGUUGUUGCUCAAAGUGCUGAACGAGGGGAAGAAGGAGUUGAUGGAGUACAAGGGGACAUGGCAUGUUGAGCAUGUUGUUAAGCCGAAGUUGGAAGAGUGGCAUAGAGAGCAAGUUGAGAAAGGGUUGGUGGGUGAGAAUUGGGAGCCCCAGACUCUGGAUGAGAGUCCUUGGUUUGAGGGGUGGGAGGGGAAGUGGAGGGAGAGACAAGGGUUUUGA